GGGCGCCGAGCGGCCCGGAGGGGGUGUGUGCGGGGGGCCGGAGGCGGCGGCUGUCAGAGUCGGCUCAGCCUGCGCUGGGGAACAUCGGCCGCCUCCAGCUCCCGGCGCGGCCCGGCCCGGCCGCCUCAGCAGACGCCUGCCUGCCCUGGCAGCCAUGAGGCCCCCGUGGUGUCCCCUGCACACGCCCUCCCUGGCUUCCCCGCUCCUUCUCCUCCUCUUCCUCCUGGGAGGAGGGGCAGAGGCUGAGGGCCCAGAGGACCCAGAGCUGCUGGUGACUGUGCGUGGGGGCCGGCUACGGGGCCUCCGCCUAAUGGCCCCUGGGGGCCCUGUCUCUGCUUUUCUGGGCAUCCCCUUCGCAGAGCCACCUGUGGGCCCCCGUCGCUUUCUGCCACCAGAGCCCAAGCGGCCCUGGCCAGGGGUGCUGAAUGCCACAGCCUUCCAAAGAGUCUGCUACCAAUAUGUAGACACCUUGUACCCCGGCUUUGAGGGCACCGAGAUGUGGAACCCCAACCGUGAGCUGAGCGAGGACUGCCUCUACCUCAAUGUGUGGACACCGUACCCCCGGCCUGCGUCCCCCACCCCUGUCCUUGUCUGGAUCUACGGGGGUGGCUUCUACAGCGGGGCCUCCUCCCUGGACGUGUAUGAUGGUCGCUUCCUGGCCCAGGCCGAGGGGACUGUGCUGGUGUCCAUGAACUACCGGGUGGGAGCCUUUGGCUUCUUGGCCCUGCCGGGGAGCCGGGAAGCCCCAGGCAAUGUGGGUCUACUGGAUCAGAGGCUGGCACUGCAGUGGGUGCAGGAGAACGUAGCAGCCUUCGGGGGGGAUCCAACGUCAGUGACUCUGUUUGGGGAAAGCGCAGGUGCCGCCUCCGUGGGCAUGCACCUGCUGUCCCCACCCAGCCGGGGCCUGUUCCACAGGGCCGUGCUGCAGAGCGGGGCACCCAAUGGGCCCUGGGCCACAGUGGGUGUGGGAGAGGCCCGCCGCAGGGCCACGCUGCUGGCCCGCCUCGUGGGCUGUCCGCCUGGUGGGGCUGGUGGCAAUGACACAGACCUGGUGGCCUGCCUGCGGACACGGCCGUCUCAGGAUCUGGUGGACCACGAGUGGCAUGUGCUGCCUCAGGAAAGCGUCUUCCGCUUCUCCUUCGUGCCUGUGGUGGAUGGAGACUUCCUCAGUGACACGCCCGAAGCCCUCAUCAAUGCUGGAGACUUCCAUGGCCUGCAGGUGCUGGUGGGUGUGGUGAAGGAUGAGGGAUCCUAUUUUCUGGUUUACGGGGCCCCAGGCUUCAGCAAAGACAACGAGUCUCUCAUCAGCCGGGCCCAGUUCCUGGCCGGGGUGCGGGUCGGGGUCCCCCAGGCAAGUGACCUGGCUGCCGAGGCUGUGGUCCUGCAUUACACAGACUGGCUGCACCCUGAGGACCCGGCACGCCUGAGGGAGGCCAUGAGUGAUGUGGUGGGCGACCACAACGUCGUGUGCCCCGUAGCCCAGCUGGCUGGGCGACUGGCCGCCCAAGGCGCUCGCGUCUAUGCCUACAUCUUUGAACACCGUGCAUCCACGCUCUCCUGGCCCCUCUGGAUGGGGGUGCCCCACGGCUACGAGAUCGAGUUUAUCUUCGGGCUCCCCCUGGAACCCUCGCUAAACUACACUGUCGAGGAGAGAAACUUUGCCCAACGACUGAUGAGAUACUGGGCCAACUUCGCCCGCACAGGGGACCCCAAUGACCCCCGAGACCCCAAAGCCCCGCAGUGGCCACCAUACACGGCGGGAGCGCAGCAGUACGUGAGCCUGAACCUGCGGCCACUAGAGGUGCGGCGGGGGCUGCGCGCCCAGGCCUGCGCCUUCUGGAACCGCUUCCUACCCAAAUUGCUCAGCGCCACCGCCUCGGAGGCCCCCUGCACCUGCUCAGGCCCCGCCCACGGGGGGGCUGCCCCGAGGCCCAGGCCCGGCCUCCCCCUGUCCCUCCUCCUCCUCCUCUUCCUCCUCCUCUCCCGGCUCCUGCGGCUGUGACCACGGCCUCUUCCCCCUCCGGCCUCAGGGGGCCCCUCCUCUAAUGAGUGGUCUGACUGUGGGGAAGGGCUCCACUCAGGGAUCUCCGACCCAGCGGCCCCUGCCUCCUCAAACCGAGAAACUCAAACUGGACAGGGCUGGGGGCAGAGGGGGUGGGGUGGGGUGGGGUGGGAGGACACCUACGACCCAUCUCAGGGAUCCACACGCCUUUAUUGUUUAAAUGGAAAUGAAAAAGACAAUUUUCUUUUUUUAUAAAAUUAUUAUUUGGA